ACUACGAGCGGCGGGACGAUGAUGAUGAGCGUCGAUAUGGCUACGGUGGGGAAGAGGGCUAUGGCCGGAAGAAAUAUGGUGGGGAUUCUGAUGAGGAGGAAAAGCACAGCCGUCGCCACCACCGCAGGAACUAUGACGAUGAGUGAGAUCCAUUGGAUGGCAUUUGGUCGGCGUUCUGAGGUAGCUGCUACUAAAUAAAAUGUUGGAACGCCGCCUAUUUUCCAACUAUUUCCAUGAUCCUGCUGUCUGUUUCAUUGUCUGUUUCAUUGUGAUCCACUGCUCAAUGUUUGUUUGUUCGUUUGUUUUGUGGUUUUGUCUGAUGUUUUUCGGACAUUACAAAAACCAAAUCCCUUGUUGUUGUUGUCAUCUUACUUCUUGUACUUUGAACUUCUGUUACUUUAAUGAAGUUUAUUAUUAUAAUGUUUGGAUA